CGCGUGUAAACAACAAAUUCUCACCGGAAGUGAAGUUACACGCUAAGAAUUAUUAGAUUCCAAGCCUUCGCUUCCGGUCCGUCCAAGAUGGCGGACGCCCCUGACUCAGCUCCGAAAGCUAAAACUAAAAUUUGUCGAUUCUUCAAGGGCAAAAAGGGUUGCAAGUCUGGAAAUGAGUGUCAGUUCUUACAUCCAGAAAAUGCAUCCAAUGAUUCUGAAAAUAUUCCACGAGAGGCUGGUAAAAUGAUUGAUGAUAAGAAGAAACCUGAUAUAAAAGUGAUCAAAACGUCACCGACAGCAAAAACUUGUAGGUUCUUCAAAAGCAAAAGGGGUUGCAAGUUUGGAAAUGAGUGCCAAUUCUUACAUACAGAGAAGCCACCCGAUAAACUGGGAAGUAUUUCAAAGGAGUUUGGUAUAUUAGAUGGUAAUCAUGAGCAAGCUGAUGAACUAAAAGUAAGCUUAAAAUUAUCAGCAACACCAAACAAUGAAACUCUGGGUGAAGAGAAGAGAGUGGAAGUAGGUAAAGAUUCUUCAAAUCGGCAAGGGAUUGUUUGUAAAUUCUUUAAGAAAAAGAAAGGCUGCUUAAGAGGCAGCAGGUGUCCCUUUUCCCAUGUAAUUUCUGGUGAUGGUGCAACCUUAAAGCCUCUGGCAAAAGAAGUCUUGAAAAAAACAAGUAAGUCUACUUCAAGAAAACAGAUCCCUUGUCAAAGCAAAGAGAACACCAAGUCUGUAACUGAUACUGAACAGGUAACUAAACAAAUGGAAUUAGUCAAUCUGCAAGUGGAAAAUCAAAGUAAGGAACAUGGAAAGGAACAUAACAGAGGCGCAAAUGGACAAGGGAUUCAGUUGCCACCUAAUACAGAUGAGUCAGCAAAAGGCACGGGAAUGGGCCUCAUGGAUUGUAAUCUUGAAUGUAAGAGACUUCGGUCAAUUGAGAUACAGCAACUUAAGAGGCGUUUUGGAGGUAAAGGUGAUUACUGCGAAAUCAAGGAGAGCACUUCUUACAAGGUUAAGUUCAAACCUACGGAUCCUGACUGGUCAUUCAGCAUUGAAGCAGUGUAUCUUACAGUGAGUUUCCCGGAAGAUUAUCCAUUACAGAUUUUUCACGCAUAUUUAUCUGAAGAACAAGGCCUUGCUGAAGACAUUAUCAAAUUUGCUAAUAAAAAAAUCCAACAAUGGGCAUUGAAUCAAGAGGAAAUAAGUAAUGAUCAAGGACUUUUGAAGCUGUAUUUUCGCCCAUUUCUGCGUUGGUUUGACAGAAACUUAGAAUCUCUUUUCGUUGAUGGUGGAAAGGAGAUGAGAAGCAAAUAUGUUUCAAGCAUCACAUCAUGUUCCACCAUUGUACCGGAUUUGGCCACUGGUCGAAGACCAAUCAGUAAACAUGUAGAAGACAAUGGCUGUGAAAGUCCCCCUAGUUGUAAACAAAUUGACAUUAAACUUGUGGAAAGAAAUCAAAAUAAUGAACCAUCAGAAAGUCGUCAGACAUUUGAAAAAGAGACUGGCAAAAGAGUGCAAAGUUUGUCUAAUGAUAUGGAACAUAAAAGUUGUAAUUUAAAAGGCAUGCACAGUGAUACCCCACAAACAUCUACCAGUGACACUAUUGAUAGAAACAAGGCAGAAAUUAACAAUUUGAAGCAAGUAGAUUGCAAGGAAGGUGCAUCUUUAACUCUAAGCAAACAGGAUUUGAAUUCUGAACUUGGUGUUUUAAGUGAAGACACAGCUCAGUCAAAUCAAUCAGAACCUCAGUGCAAUGAUUCAGUUGCCUCAAGCCCUAUUAGAAAAGGGACAGAAAUUCAGUUUAGGGGACUAAAUUUGGAAGAGAAUGUGAGCACCUUAAGAGGAAGCAGAGUAGUCUUCACCCUAGAGUGUAACAGGUGCAGGCAGAGGAUUGAUCAACGGCUGUCGGUGUCUGGACCUGUCAGUAAACAGUGUACCAGAUGUGCAUCUGUUUUUGCUGUGAACUAUAGGUCAGCAAUGAUUCAUCAGUUUUCAUCUGUUUUGGGAUACUUGGACUUGGAUGGUUGUAUGCCUUUCGAUGUGGUUCUACCUGAAAGCGAAUUGAUGUUAGGCUGCCUACAUUGCUCUAAAGAAACAACAGUAAAGGGUUUGCAGUAUGGAGCUAACAGGAGCUGGUGCAGCCACUGUCAUGCAAAACUUGGAUUUCAGAUACAAUCAACUCGCUUCCAGGAGUUACAGCUUAGUAAAACUGCAACAGCUUCCCUUAGAAAAAACAAAGAUUCUAGCACUAUUUCCAAACCCAAGAAACAAAUUCGGAGCCCAGGAAUAAAAGAAGGACAGCCAUUACCAGCUAACGGAACCUGUAAACAUUACAAGAAGAGUUUUAGAUGGCUCAGGUUCCCGUGUUGUGGAAAGUGUUACCCUUGUGAUUUAUGCCAUGAGGAACACGAAGAUCACGAAAUGAAGUACGCGACAAGAAUGGUUUGCGGCUUCUGUUCAAGAGAACAGCCCUACACACAACAACCCUGCAAUGGCUGUAAGGCGGCCGUGACCAAGUCACGCUCUGCUCACUGGGAAGGAGGUAAAGGAUGUCGUGACAAGGUCACCAUGAGCAGAAAUGACGAGCAAAAACACAGGCAGUCAGGGAAGACAGUGUCACGCAAGGCACAGAAGCGGUCCGAAGGAAAGGGCAAAGGGAAGGGAAGCAAGGGGAAAUGACUUUAGAAGGGGGAGGGGGAGGGGCUUAUGUCAGGAGCGUGUUUAGGGACUUGUAACCAAUAUGAAAAAAUAGACGUUGUGACAUCUCUCUGCAAAAAUUGUUAGAGGCUUUCACUUACCUAUUCUAAGGAAAAACCAUGAAGCCAUGGCAACGUGAAUAAUCUCUGAUUUGUAACGUCGCCUAUUGUAUUAUGCUUUUUUCAGCAAGAACACAAUGCAGAAAAUUGUCAAGGUGCCUGUAACAUUUGAGCUAUACAUGAUACUUCUUGGUGUUCAGGCGACAACAUGAUUACUUGUAUCACGUGUUAACUUUUUGGUGUGACAUCAAAACAAAGUUGAUCAAACAAAUUUACUAGCUAGCCGGUGACAAAUGUUCAAGCUGCUGCGUCUGUGUUUGAACCAGACUCACAGUUGGGCGGGAAAAUCCUGGUUGUCGUGGCAUACAGCAGAGAUUAGUAUAUAUUGAUAAAAAUAAAACAACAAAAACAAAUAUUAUCGUAAAUUAGAAAACAGCCAUAAGAAAAUACGCGCGCUGA